AUGGGUGCUAGCACAAACACUGCUGAUGUUGUCUUCGGCAUGCCUGUGUCUGGACGAACUGCACCAGUUAUAGGAAUUGACUCGAUGGCCGGGCCAACUCUGGCAACGGUCCCAACGAUUGAGAUGAUGCCUUUUGAGCAGACUGGUCUGCGUCGCAUUGCCAAAAAUGGACCAGGUUGUGAACAGGCGUGUGCAUUCCAGACAUUAGUGUUGAUACAACCGGAUCUGAAAAGUCUAGAAGACGAUUCCUUGGGCAAGUGGACUGGAAUUAGAGAUCGGGAAAGCACUUACGCGCUGAUGCUAGAGAUCGAAAUGGGAACCAAUGGAUUCACAACAACGGCAAGCUUUGACUCGAGAGCAAUCAAGCCCUGGAUUGUACGGCUGCUGCUUGAAAGAUUGGAGCAUGUAUCUGAGCAGCUCUGGCGCGCUGAUUCAGAAGCCCUGCUGAGCGACGUUGAGACAAUGACCAAACACGAC